AUGGAGAUUGUUAGAUUCGCCGUGGCCGUCCUUUUUGUACUUGUCUCCGUCUCAUCAUCUAACGACGCAACUGUACCACCGAGCGGUGGAGGAGAUGCUCAUGCAAUGCCGUGUAUACAAAAACUUAUGCCGUGUCAACCGUUUCUUCAUUCGGUGAUUCCACCACCGCCUCCAUCGUGUUGCCUGCCAAUGAGGGAGAUCGUGGCCAAUGACGCCACGUGUCUUUGCUCCGUCUUCAACAACGUGGAUAUGCUCAAAUCGCUUAACCUCACUAAAGACAACGCUCUUGAUCUUCCUAAAGCUUGUGGCGCCAACCCUGACGUCUCACAAUGCAAAGCCACCACCGGUGGUACUACUACGCCUUCCACGUCCCCGGCAACUCCCAAAAGUCCCCCGGUGUCUUCCACUGGAAGCGGUUCCACCGGAGCUUCAGCCUCUUCAACGUCCACACCAACAAGCUCUGCUCCGGCCAUCAACUUCUCCGGACAUAGCUUCGCAUCAGCGAUCGUGGCGUUGGCAACAAUAUUUUUCUGA